GCGAAAGCUCGCCGUUCACCGUUGAACUGUACAGAUCAGCUUACCUGAAGCCAAUUUCUGUGCAUUUACAUUCAUUCUGACGUCUUUGUGUCUAAGCCCAGACGGCCCACGCGCGGUGAAAGCAGUAGUGCAAACAUCAGAGGCCGAUAUGAAUAUAUCCCUAAUUAGCUAGUAAACUUACUUGAUGUUUGCCUGUGGCAAUGGGAGUUAAGCUACUGAUCAGGACUCUUCCACAGAAGGGCGUUACCGGACCGUCCCAGUAUGAGUUGCUGAAGCGCCUUGUCGAUGAGUUAUGCCCAACGCCACCCUCCGGCCGCUCAGAUGCCUGGGCAGUUACUUGUCAGCUCCUGAAGCAAGGACAUGCGCUGAUGGCAGCCAUGGGCGGUGCCGGUGCGGCACCCGGCGGCGGCCUCAAGGACAUGUGGGCCGUCAGCUUUAGAGACUCACCGGAUCAGGUUUACCUGCUCGUACGGCCUGAACACAAGGCAAUCGAGUGCGAUGCCACCAUCAUGCGGCUGCUCGAGAAAAAGCUCGAGUACGGCAAGCAGAUGACCAUUCGCUUGGAGGGCCUCACCUACUCCAAGGGCGACUUCCUGCUCCGCCUCAUCACCGCCACGCAGGCCAUCCACUCCUCCCAGGCCCUGCUGGGCCACUGCCUGGAGGUGGAGUACGUGCCCCUCAGCUCCAUGCAGGCGGCGGAGGGCUGCAUGGCAGACUUCGUGGAGCUGCUGCGGCAGCACCUGCUGGCGUCGGGGGCGCUGGGGGGGCUGGAGACGCUGGGAGGCGGGGGAGGCAGGCUGGGAGCGCAGUUGGAGCUGGUCAAGCCGUCGUACGAUAAGUACGGCCUGACAGGACUGCCGUACGGCCGUACACAUGCCGCCGUGGCGUACGGCGAUCUGGUUGUGGCGAUGUUGAAUACGUCAGCAGCGGCAGCGCAGGCGGCAGCAGUCGCAGCACAGCAGCAGCAACAACAGCAGCAAUUACAGCAACAGCAACAGUUCGGAAUGGUAAAGCCAGCUUGAGAAGAGUCUAAGCAGGUAAUGAGGAGAGAAACCAAUCGUGUGACAAGGCUCUGCCAAGGGGUGCAUGGAACGAGGGUGGGCGGUGCUCUGGAUGGCAGCAGAGGCGGCGAUGCGGCAACAACUGCAGAAGGUGGAUGUUGAUGGGAGGGAUGCACUUGGAAUCUCAUUAGCAGCAGCAGAAGAGGUGUGGGCGGUAGCUGGAGCGGUAACAAGAGCGGCGUCAGCAGGAGAAGCCACGGCAGUAGCAGUAGCAACUUGGAUUGGAGGUUUGAGGUGCUUCUUCUGUCUGAUGGUAGCUGGGCUUGGAGAUACCCGUGUAGAUGAGAGAAACAGAUGAUUUAAGGUGGAUAGGCAUACUGAGCAUGGGCCAUAAAGACACAAGGUGCGGGUCCAAGCCACGAAAUGGCAUAUGCAGGAGCCAUGGUAAGAUAGAGGCGCAGGAGGAAGCACAGGAGAGAGCACCGUGUAGGGCACAUCUUGGUGGGGUUCGUAGGGGGAGAAUGUUUGUAACGGUUAUACGGGUUAUCGUGAAUGGCAUGAAUGGCAC